UCUUAGUUUUCACUUCCUUCAUUAAUUAUACUUGUGGUCAGGGAAAUGGGGAGUUUGAAGGUAGUACAGAAACAGGUCUCGGAGAUGAUCGACUGGUCAAUUACACUGGCGACAAUGAAAUCACAUUCAGUAUUAAGGUCGCAUCUGAUGGUUCAAGCACUACUGUACAGAAGACUGCUCAAUGCAAACUACUCAAUCUACCCUUUCUUGGCUGCAAUUUUAAAGGAAAAGGUUUUACUAAAGCCUAUGUUUGUGCCAAUGGGUUGGUAAAAUUUGAAGAUCGCCAAUACGAAUUAAAUCCUCGAAAUUUCGGUACUUAUGGCGAACAAGAAAACGACGCGGCUUGUUUAGCACCAUACUGGUCCUCUGUUGACUUAGAUUACUUUGAAAAUGGACAGUCGAAGGUAUUUUUCAGGAAAUAUGAAGAUCAAAAUGACGACCCUCGUGGCGUGUUCUCAAAAGCUAGAGGGUAUGGUAAUAGCCUAUGGAAAGAAGACCUAAAGGGAGCAAACUACGAUCCCCUUUGGGUAACGGUCAUAACUUGGGUCGAUCUCCGACCAAAGCAACCCGGUGAUGCUACAUACCUUGGCAGAAACACUUUUCAACUAUUCCUGGCUACUAGUAGGUCAAAUCAGGCACUUGUCGUCUAUAUUUACAAGGACAUUGACUGGUCAAUCGGAGUGAACAGGGACAUGUACUCAAAUUGGGCCGAAACGAGUGACUUGCCUGUUGUCGGUUAUAAUUCUGGACAAAAAGAUGACGAAGAGCCGUACAAGAAUUAUGAAAGUUCCGGUACUGUCAACGCCGAAGAGGUUGAUGAUUAUUUUGAUCCCAACUUACUAAGGCGCGGCGAAAUUGGGUAUAGUCUCAAAAAUAUGGUCAUAAGGCCUCCAACAAGUGCUGAACUAUGUCUGAAGUGGGUAAAUGAACAGAUUUUCAGUAGAAAUACAAGACGUUUUUGUUGGCCACGAUGUGCCCCCACGCUUAGAUUAGCCCGGUUUGGUUGGCGCGGAAUUUUCUGGGCAUUACAGCGUAGGUUUAAAAGGACAGAUUUCCGGUUCAUUGACACCUUUUGUAUACUAAGUCCUUUUUGGAGACAGGAAAGUGCAGACGAAUGCUGUUACCUAAAUGCUUGGUGGCUUGGCUUUCCCCUUUACAGCAGGCCACGACCAGGUGCAGGUCGCUGGCAUCGAUACCAUCCGCGCCGGAACUUCCCAAAGUACUUGGAGGAGGAGACCGCUUACGAAAAUUGCUGCACCAAACUAGAUAGCACUCAGCAAUCGUGCGCGGAAUUUUACAGUAUUCGCCCGCCAUGCACCAGUUUCUUUUGGAGAUUCCCGUCAAUAUGGGGGCGCAUGUUUGGUGAUCCACACUUUAUUUCACUCGAUGGCAAAAACUACACAUUCAAUGGCUGUGGAUGGUUUACGUAUUUCAAAGGCGAGAUGCCAGGUACCAACGACAGCUCUCUUGUGGUGCAAGUUCGCACAACAAGGGUUGGAAAUGUUAAUGCAACUGGCUUUACAGGAAUUGCUGUCAAGGAGGGUAAUUCGGAAACCGUUCAAAUAAACCUAAACGAAGGAGGUGGUUUGCGUGUGCAUGUUGAUGGUAAUGAGUUCACUCCGGGUUCAAAUGCAACAACACUAGAGAGUGGUGUUACUCUAUCUUAUGUCAACAACACAUUUGAGGUUGGAACACCACUUGGAAAUGGAGUAAGAAUCAAUGAAGCAGCAAACGGCACUUUUUUUACAUUCGUGACAUCGUUUUUGAAAUCGUACGAGAACUCAUCACUUGGAUUAGCAGGAAAAUGGAAUGGAAAAAUAGAGGACGACUUCACGUUACCAAAUGGAACAGCUUUACCAAUUGAUUUGAGUGACUCUGAUAUAUUUCAUAAGUUCGGGGAAGCGUGGAGAGUGAAUCAAGACGAAAAAAUAUACCAAAACAUAGAUGAUGAUACACCUGCGUACAAAUGUCCAAGCAAUUUUGUUCCAAUAUUUUUUGACCAAGCAAUAAAUGAUAUGAACGAAACAUUGAGAGCAGAAGCUGAAAGUGUUUGUGGUAAUGAUGUCACCUGUCUUUUUGACAUCGCAGCAACAAACGAUGUUGCAGUUGGAAAAUCAACGCUGACAGAAAUCACGUCUAUAAACAAUGAAGUCGCAGAAAUUGAAAAUAAUCUACCGGUAUUCAAAGAAAAUUUGACUGUCAUCAACGUGACCUUAGGAGAGACAUUCACAAUAACACUUGAAGCCGAAGAUCCGGAUGGCGAUGAUAUUAUGUUUGACGUUCCAAAUUUUCCACCUGGUGCAACAUAUACAACGAAUGGCAAUCAAUUGACUUUCGUUUGGCAUGUAGAUUCUCCUGAUCCAGCCAAUAUAACAUUUUUGGUUCAAGAUACAAAAAACGCAAGUACGACGCUUUCUCCAUACAUCCAACUCUGCCGGUGUCUAAACGGUAGCGGAUGCUUUGUUCCUGAAGCAUCGUCAGAACAAACGGCAGCUAUCAAAAAUACUUUUCUCGUUAUGUCCUGUAAUUGCCCGCUUGGUUACACUGGGGAAUUCUGUGAAACCGUAAAAGAUUUCUGCAGGGGACAUUUGACACCGCCGUGUCAUCCUUUGGUCACGUGCGCCAACUCUCCGACGGGCUUCACUUGCGGGACUUGCCCUCAAGGAUACGAAGGCGAUGGAGCUAUUUGUAGUGAUAUCAAUGAAUGCGGAGCUAAUCAGACUGUUUGCGACCAAAAGUGCACCAAUACAGCUGGUUCCUACUUUUGUGGGUGCAAUGAUGGAUUCUCAUUAGAUUUGAGUGAUGGAAAAACGUGUAAUGACAUAGAUGAAUGCGCCAAAGCCAACGACUGUAGUCAGCUGUGCAACAACACAAUCGGCUCAUAUAAUUGCUAUUGCAGGAUCGGAUUCUUGACCGAUCCUGACAACGCCAAGUCUUGUACAGCAAAAACGCAAUGUGAUCAAAGCAAUCCAUGUCAGCAGAUUUGUUUUAUUGAUCCGCUCCAGGUUGGACAGGAGAAAUGUGAUUGUAACCUUGGAUACCGUCUUGCAACGGAUUCAACAACUUGUGAAGAUGUAGAUGAAUGUGCAACCACACAAGGCAACCUUUGUGAUCAAGAAUGUAAAAACACCAUCGGCAGUUACACAUGCUCAUGUUUGUCGGGAUAUGUUUCCACGGGCCCAACUUCUUGUGAAGAUAAGAACGAAUGUCUUGAAGAUCAAUCGAACGUCUGUAACGGGGUGGGGGAAGAAUGCGAAAAUAUUCCCGGAAGUUUUAGAUGCGGUUGUGCAAAGAGGUUGAACAUGGUUAGAGUUAAUGGAACGUGUAUAUUCAAAGAAGAUGACAACAUUGUGGCUGAUCUGGCUCCAGCACCGCCAAGCGCCAGACAAGAUCAGAUAGAUAACGCCGUUCAAAUCACGUUGGCUGACUAUCAGAACUCAAAUUACACUUUGGAUGCUGACGUGCUAUUUAAAGACUCUGUUGUUAAAUUGCUGAAUGACUUUUGUAAUGAGAACACGCUCAGGCCACAAGAUUGCGGAGUUGAACAAAACCAGCUAUUUUUCAACGAGAAGCUCGUUAAGCGGUUGCCUGGUUACCCGGAGGAUUCGGGGAAUAACGCAAUAAUCAGGUUUUACGUCGAUUAUCCCAGCACCAUAUUCACAAACAAGACGCUUGACAAAACCAUCUUAGCUUCUAUCGUGUUCGCAGAAUUGGCAAAGUUUGAACAGCUGAUCAGUUUAAACGUCACCCUGGACACUUCCGUCCUACCCGAAACGCCUGGUACUCCAACUGCGAAUGAGAUUAGUAACGCAGUACAACUGAAAAUAUUAGAUUUUUCGCCAAAUCAGUGGACAAUAUUUUACGACACCGUGUUUCGGCGAUCAGUUGCUCUUGCUCUGAACAAAUACUGCAGUAUGGAUAACUACUCGCGCUCGCAAGAUUGUGGUCUUACCGAGUCGCAAAGCUUCAACAAAAGUCACAUAAAACGUCUGAGCGGUUCCCCAUCCCAAAGUGGAGGAGACGUCCUGGUCUCAUUUUAUGUAGAUCACCCGAGCAGUUCGGAUCCCGUGCUACGAAAUGUACUUGCUUCGAUGUUAGUGACUCGAGAGACAGACCUUGAGAUUGCACUGUCACAACAAGUUGAAAUCCAGACUUCUGCUGAACCGGCUAAUCCUCCGGUUGCAACUAGUGAGCAAACAACUAACAGCGUGGUCAUUCGAAUAGCAUCGUUUGGCACGAGUCAGUGGACGCACUUGUAUGAUCGUCGAUUAAGGAAAUCCAUUGCAAAACGAAUUGCUGAAUACUGCAGUGCUAAUCUGGCGAACUGUCAAGUACAAUCCGGAGGCUCAGCAUCAUUCAGUGAAUCCGAUGUUCAACGUUCUUCAGCUGGAACUCCCACCAAUGCUGGAAGCAACAAUAUUGAUUACAGUUUCUACGUGACAUACCCCGGCGAAAGUAAUCCAAUAACGAAGAAUGUAUUGGCUUCAAUCGUCUACCUUGAGAUAGAAGCAAUGCAAUCUGAAUCAUCACUCUUCUUCUCCCUGCAAACAUCGUUGGAACUUCCGGCUCCAACCUCACCAAAUGCCGACCAAUCAAGCAAUACAGUCGUAAUCACGAUCCUUGAUCAACAGGCUAACCAAUGGCAUAGUUUUAUAGAUAACAAGUGGAGAGCUGCGAUAGCUACACAGGUUGGAAGUUUUUGCGCCGCCAACCUUGUUGUCUGUGGUGCUUCAAGUGAUCAAGUGUCGUUUGGAUUAUCGAACGUUACCCGAAUUGCAGGUUCCCCGGUACAAGAUGGUGAUAAUGUCACUUACACCUUCUUCGUUGAUUACCCGUCCGGCAACAAAACAGUGCAACGAAAUUUACUGGCAGGAAUUUUAGCCGAACGACUUGCACAGCUUAGGAACGCAACGAAGUUGGAUAUAUCAUUAGAAACGUCCACAUUAGCUCCCAGACCAUCGUCAACAGCCACUGCGAAUCAAAUUUCAAAUGCAGUUAACAUAUCUGCAGGGAACGUCCAAGCAGACAAGUGGUCUGCUAUACAAGAUUUGACUUUCCGAGGAUACGUAGCACAGGCGAUUACUGAAUACUGUCAAGCAAGUCAAGCUCGAAUUCAAGAAUGUGAACUACCAAGUGGUCAAAGUCCAUUUACGAGCUCCCACGUGAGAUUUGUGAACCCAGGUAAUCCAGAACAGAAUGGCGCGAAUGCUGAAAUAGAAUUCUUCGUCGAGUAUCCGGGAGGUGGAACUGUAUCACAGGCUAUUCUUCUUCUAAUUAUGAAUGAACAACUUUCUUCUAUUCAACAAAAUACUGGAUUACAGCUCACUGUGUUAACGACAGUCCAGAUUGUUACAGAAAAACCACCGACGGUGGAUAAUACGCAAAAUGCAAUAGAGGUGGUACUGAAAGAUUUCCAAGCCGAUCAGUGGUCUCUCCGUGAUGGACUGUUCCGAGAAAACAUGGCAAACGCAAUCAAGACUUUCUGCGCGAGAGGAACAUACCAUCGAAAUAUUUGUAACAUUUCAGAGGUUGUCAGCAACGCUUUUACCGCUGACAACAUUCAGAGGCUUCCGGAUUCGCCGACACAAAACGGGACCGAUUCCAUAUUGUCGUUUUACGCAACUUUACCACCAGAUGGCAGUAGCUCGUUACCAAAGAGCGUCUUAGCAACGAUAUUCACUUCAGAACAAGAAGAUAUUCUCUCUCUAGAUAGCGAACUUGAGAACCCAGACGAAAGUGUGCCAAGCAGUGAAACACCAGUUCUUACGACGCCACAAAGAGACAACUUAGUGCCAAUAACAAUUUUCAAUUUUAAACGUGCAAAGUUUACAACGUUGGUAGUGGUCGAUAUUAGAGUAACGGUGGCUGCUAGGAUGAACAUAUUUUGUUUCAGUACAACGGAAAAUGUGUGCGGUCUCUUUGUUAGCACUAGCCGAAGGAGAAAGAGAGCUGCCGGCAACCAACAGUUCAGUGAAACUGAUGUUAUAGUCGAUGCCAACGUUACGGAGUCUGGGAAUAAUACGGUGGUAGGUGCAGUUGUCAACGAGCCAGGAACUACAACUCCCGUUAAAACCGGUGUUGUUGAAGAUGCUUUACAUCAAACGUUACAAGAAAAUGGUGAAUCAGAUAUUUCCAGUCUCACUCUUGGUGUUGUCAAUACGCCCACUGUAUCGGAAACUCAGGAAAAUAACGCAGCCAGUGUAAGGUUAACCAAUACGAAUGCAAGUCAGUGGACACUGCAACAAGAUAUUUCUUUCCGACACAACAUGUCCCAAGCAAUUAUGCAAUUCUGUGGUGAAAGUGACGCACGAUUGGCCUCGUGCAAUCUUACGAGGGCCCAGGUUGAUCAAAUAAGUUUUCAAAAUGUACAGAUAUUGCCUAAUUCGCCCACACAAGAUGGCAGCGACGCAAUACUAUCAUUUUUCGUUAAUCUACCAGAUGGAACAACAAUGUCUUCCGAUCUCAUAUCAACUAUUUACAGUGUAUCAAGAAAUGUUAUAUCACAACCAAAUGAGAUUGUUUCAACAAGCAAAAAUACCAAUCUUACAAGAGAAGAAACGGAAAAUCUUAUACAGCUGUCAGUUGAGGGUAUGGCGCAGCAUCCCGAUGACGCCGUUAGGUUAGAUAUCCAAGUUGCGAUUGCCGACAGGUUGAAGGAGUAUUGUAGCAAUAACUCAGGGGCAACUAUUUGUCCCACCAGCAGGGAAUUCGCCAACGACGACAUUGUUGUCCAAAUUGAUCCAGACACAAGAGACGUUAGCUUCGUCGUAAAAGAUCCAGACAACCUUCAAGGAUCACCAAUUUCAUCCAUUGAUGUCCAAGAUGCGAUAAAUGGAGACUUCACAACCCAAUCACUCGGCCUUAACUUGAGAAUAACACGACUGUUGACUGAAAACGCAAUUCAUGUGGUGUUGAAGAAUUUCAAAGCAGAUGAGUGGCCAGCUCAAAACGCGCAGUUUCUACAAAAUAUGGCAGAUGCAAUCAAGAACUUUUGCGGAAGAGGAGAAUAUCAUCGCACAAUCUGUAAUAUUUCAGAGGCUGUCAGCAAUAAUUUUACCGCUGACCACAUUAAGAGACUCCCAAACACACCGACACAAAACGGAACCGAUUCCAUCCUGUCAUUUUACGCAAGUUUACCAGGAGGCAGUGGCGCGUUACCUGUGAGCGUCUUGGCAACGAUAUUUGUAACGGAACAAGACAACAUACUACCUACCAUCAAUAGCGAGCUCAAAGACCCUGGUACAAGUAUACCAAGCAGCGAAACUCCAACUCUAACACCUGCACAAACAAACAACUUGGUGCCGAUAACAAUUUUCAACUUCAGUCCAAAGAAGCCGAAGGAAGAAGAGAGCUGUUGGGAAGAACAAUCAUAA